AUCCACAUCCACGUCCACGUCUGAUGUCGAUGGCUGUCGCGCUUUCCAUGGCAGAUUGCCGGAGCCUCAUUCGCCAUCUAUUUCUCACUUUCACUGGGUUUCCAUUUCCCCAUUUCCCCACUUUCCCAUUUUCCACAUUUCCUUUCCCUUUCUUUCCGUUACUCUCUCUCUCUCUUCCUCUGUUCCAUUUUUUUAUUCUCUCUCUGUGUGUCUCUCUCUCCCUUGACAUUUCACGCACACUCCAUACUCACACUCUCCUCACUUUACUUCUCGGGCUUUCCCUUCUCUCUCUCCCUGAUCCAAAAACCCAACUCAAUGUUUAUGGUAUGACUGUGUAACUGCACCAGUCACCAGGUUUUGGUCAAACAAAAAAGGACCCAAGUGUUUAUUUCAUCGGAUUAUCAUGUAAUUGGGACUCUGGAGUUGGGAAUUACUGCCUCUGAGCUCAUAUUCACAGUGACCAACAUAGAGAAUUUGUGUUUUGAAGCUUAGAUUUGGCCAUGGAGAAACUUCCUGAUGCAGAAGUUAGCUCAAUUUUGAGUUUGUCUGCGGCUUUGUCGUAUGGGGCUGCUUCCAUGGCAAUGGUUUUUAUCAAUAAAGCAGUUCUUAUGGAGUACUCACAUUCAAUGACUCUUCUCACUGUCCAGCAAUUGGCAACUGCUUUGCUUAUACACGUUGGUCGAAGAUUGGGAUAUACCAGGUCAAGAGGAUUAGAAAUGAGCACUGCAAAAAAACUUCUCCCGGUGUCGCUGUUCUAUAAUGCUAAUGUGGCGUUUGCUUUGGCCAGUUUGAAGGGAGUUAAUAUUCCCAUGUAUAUUGCAAUCAAAAGACUCACACCUCUCGCUGUGCUUAUAGCUGGGUUCGUCUCAGGAAAGGGGAAACCCACAAUACAGGUGUCUCUUUCAGUAAUAUUGACUGCAGGAGGGGUUGUGAUAGCUGCACUGGGAGAUUUUUCGUUUGACUUUUUUGGAUAUAGCAUGGCUCUCACUUCUGUUUUUUUCCAGACCAUGUACCUUGUGUUGGUGGAGAAAUCUGGGGCAGAGGAUGGGCUAUCAUCAGUUGAGAUCAUGUACUAUAACAGCUUUCUGUCUCUUCCAGUUUUGAUGUUUCUCAUUGUAGCUACAGGAGAAUUUCCAAAUUCUCUAUUAUUACUAAUUGCAAAGAGUAAUUCGUUUUAUUUUUUGGUGAUCCUUAUUCUUUCAUUUGUUAUGGGCAUUGUUCUCAACUACACCAUGUUCUUAUGUACCAUAGUCAACUCCGCUCUAACAACAACUAUCGUUGGAGUCCUAAAAGGGGUUGGCUCUACGACCCUUGGUUUUGUCUUACUGGGUGGUGUGCAAGUGCAUUUUCUGAAUGUGACUGGACUAGUUAUCAACACAGCUGGCGGAGUUUGGUAUUCAUUUGCCAAAUAUCAGCAAAGGAAGAGCAAGCCCCCGAAGAGGAUUUCAGACGUGGAGGCUCAUCGUAAAUGAAAUUGAUAUUGAAAGAUCGCAUACGAUUGCUAACAGCUGCUUUCUCUUUUUACUAUUUGCUUCUAUUUUCAUCAAACAUGGCUAUUAGUUCUUCGAAGAACAAUGAUACAUGGUUCAUGUUGACUUUGUUGAAUCUUGAAAUUUAGGUAUUACAGAAAGCAAAUACCCUAGUUCAUGUUUUCGGAUAGAUUAGUCCUUGAGAAGAAAAAUCUUCCAGGGUCCAGGUUAUAUCAGAAUGGGUCUCCCAGGCUCCUCCAUGCACAUGCACUUGUUUUCCUGUUGUGCUAGUCCAUCCUUCACUUGAAUAAUAAUAUCCUUUGUUGUUCUCCCAUACUGCAA